CCGCUCGUGGAAGGGGAACAAGGAUGUCGUCGGGGACGCGCAAGACCCGCAGACUGCUGGUGGUGGGACUGGGCGACCCACGAGGCACACUGGGCGACCGGCGCAAUGUGGGAAGAUCAUGUUUGGAGUACAUGGCGUCUGCGUGGAACAUUGAGCUGCACGACCUGGCAACCGAGGCCGGUCUCGGUUGGGCGGCGGAGACGUUUGCCACGCCAAAGGCCAAGGCACUGGCGGCGGCUUUUGACGCCAAGGCAGCUGGGACGGCAGAGAUGCGGAUGAGCGCAACGCCCAAGGCGUGCGAUGAGGAAUGCGACAAUGGGGAGGGCAGCGGCAAGCGGAAGAGGAAGGGAAGCCAGAGGGCCGGAGGCUGCAAGACUGGGGUGCUCGCGCGGGUGGGCCGCAAAAAGCUCAAGUUCUCGUCGCCGGCGGGCAAGGCCGGCGAGACGGUGUCUGUCAAGGCCGAGAUUGUGCUUGUGUCGCCGACGGCGUACCUGGUCUCGUCGGGUCACGUGCUCAAGACUGUGCUUGAGCUCACGGCCUCAUCGCCCGGCGAGCUGCUGGUGCUGUACCCUGACUUGCGCGUCACGAUCGGCAAGUACCGGUCGUACCAGUCGGGGACGGCGUCGCACCCAGGCCUGCCGGACCUUUACCGGUGCCUGGAGUCGACCGAGUUUCCGCGGUUCGGCAUCGGCAUCAACGGCAUCCACAAGGCCGGGCCGACGAGCUCGUGGGACAACUUUAUUGCCACCGAGUUUGAGCCGCACGAGCUGGCCAUGUUCGAGGUGCGGACGCUUGUGCGGGUCAAGGAUGGAGUCGGCCUGCUGCUUGCCGGCAAGCUUGACCCACCAGAGCCAUUUGAGCUCGUGUGGGAGAACGGUGACCACUACGUGUGUGGCGACAAGGUGGGCGAGGGCAAGUUUGGGGCAGUGUUCAAGGCGGUCGACACCCGUGACUCGUCCGAGGUUGUUCUCAAGAUGCUCAAGAAGACGCGCGAUUUGGAGCGCAAGAUUGCGCGCGAGGUGGAGAUGCUGAUGGCGGUCCGGUCGGGGCCGAACAUUGUGCGGCUGCUCUGCACGGCGGUGAUCGAGGACGAGGAGUACCGCGACGACGCCAUGGUGUUUGAGUUUGUGUCGUCGAUUUCGCACCGCGAUCUGUUUGCGCAGAUCGACUUGCGUACGGCGCGCGUCUACAUGUACAAGCUGCUCAAGGCUGUCGAGUACACGCACUCGCUCAACAUCCUCCACCUCGACAUUAAGCCGUCGAACGUCCUGUACAACCCGCAGACUACGCAGUUUCGGCUCGCCGACUGGGGUCUUGCCGCGCGGUGGCAGCCGGGCGUGCCCAACUAUGGUCCGCUCGGCACGCGUUGCUACAAGGCACCGGAGCUCUGUCUUCGGUACGACCUCUACGGCCCGCCGGUCGACAUCUGGGCCAUCGGGUGCACGCUCGCCGCCAUGCUCUUCCUCCCGUCGGACGGGCGGAACCCGUUCAUCCGGGCGCGCGGCUCGUGGCUCAACCAGUUGGUGGCCAUCACCGAAGUUGUGUCGUCGGACGUCAUGUUUGCCUACCUCGACAAGUACCGCAUGGGCGUGCACCUGCUUGAGGAAGAGCUCGAGCUCCUCCGUGGGCACCCUGCGGUGGCGUGGGAGGACCGCGUCACGCCCAAGAACGCACACAUGGCGGACCCAGCCGGCUUUGAGCUUGUCGCCGGCCUCCUCACCUGCGACCACGAGUCGCGGUGGACGGCGACCCAGGCGCUGGCCUCGCCGUUCUUCGACCCUGUUCGCAACGAGAUCGAGGCCGCUCCACCGUUGUAGUAAAGUGAGAGGCGGGUGAUGAGAACGGAUUUCAGGAGCUUG